AUGAGCGGUCUGUUGGGURCACAGAUGCCCAUCGAACGCAGCUUCUUUCGCAUUCCGCGCUUUUCGGCUCGCGUCGCCGGUUUUUGGCCACAAUCAACUAAUCGGCACCGUUCAUGGCUAACUGCUUUGCGUUUCUGCRUGAAUACCUUUGCCGUUGCCGUCGGCGGUUUCGGUGAGGUUUCCUACGGUUUCGUUUAUUUGCACGAUCUUUUUAGCGCGCUCGAGGCUUUCUGUCCGGGAAUUACCAAGGUCAUUUCACUAUUGAAGAUGACCAUAUUUUUUGGGCGCCACAAGCGUUGGCAACAUGUGAUCAAUAGUAUUCACCAAUUGUUGCUGCUUGAUACCAGCGCCGAAAAGCGCCGCAUCGUGGAGCCACUGGCCUCGUUUGGUUCCACGUUGUCCUUUGUGCUGCUCUUAUCUGGUUUGCUAACGAAUACAUUUUUCAUCAUUUUGCCGCUGCUGAAAAUGGGCUACUACAAGUGGCAGUCGCUGGAAGUCGAGCUGUUAUUGCCCUUCAAUCUUAUGUAA